GUUAAAAAAAGAGCUUUUAAUCUCAUUGAACCUCGCAAGUAUGUCUGGAAGAGGAAAACAAGGCGGCAAGACCCGGGCUAAGGCAAAGACUCGCUCAUCCCGGGCCGGUCUCCAGUUCCCAGUCGGUCGAGUUCACCGUCUGCUGAGAAAAGGAAACUAUGCUGAGCGAGUGGGAGCCGGUGCCCCGGUCUAUCUGGCCGCGGUGCUGGAGUAUCUGACGGCUGAGAUUCUUGAGCUCGCCGGAAACGCCGCCCGUGACAACAAGAAGACCCGCAUCAUCCCCCGCCACCUGCAGCUGGCUGUGCGCAACGACGAAGAGCUCAACAAGCUGCUCGGUGGGGUGACCAUCGCCCAGGGAGGCGUUCUGCCCAACAUCCAGGCCGUGCUGCUGCCCAAGAAGACCGAGAGCCACAAACCGGCCAAGAGCAAGUGAUUUUACUGCUAGAUACUUGUCCCCGCAACACAAAGGUCUUUUCAGAGCCACCCACCCUGACCCCAAAGAGCUGAUUCAUUGCUUUGAUCUGGGAUUCAUUAGCCAAGUGUAGCGGGAUAGGAGGGAGUGCCAUUGUGUGCGCUAUAAUACUGAAGGGAAGGAAAUUAGAAGUAACUUGUAGCAUUGCUUUACUGUCCCGCAAACAUCCAGUAAUUUAUUUUAUGUAGCGAUCUUCCUCCAAUACCACUCAAGUCGCUAAAUAGAAUGAAAAUAAUAUAGCACAGAAAAGCUUUUCAUACAAUACUGAGAGCAGGAGAUCUUGAGUCUGUUUCGAAAGACACUAGAGUGGGGGCCUCUCAAACUAUGCGGGGAAGUUUCAUAGAGUCGGAGCGGCACAGCUAAAAGCUCGGCCCCCAGAUAAAGUACUGGAGAGCCUAGGUGCUAGAACUAUAGGUAGAGAUCUACUGUAGCUACAUCUAGACCGU